CGCCCGUCAGCCCGUCGGUGCAGCUAAAACGCAUCCCACACCAGCAAGCACUCGCUCAAAAUGACACCCGUAACCACGAUGCAGGCAGGGCAAGGCAGGGCCGGCAAGACGAACAGGUAGGGAGGGAGGAGGGAGAUGGGAGAGGGAUAGGGCACGUACGUGUAAAAAUAAUACGGCCACUGGACCGCAUCGCCAUCGCCAUCAUCAUGCCAUCCGUCAUGCUCUCAUGCAGGGCAGGCACAGAUGUGUCAACUGACUGACUGACUGACAAGGAGGGACAAAACUUGGAUCACACCAUUCUCAUCCAUCGGGACAGACACACUUCGACACCUCCGAGUGGAGCCUGUCUGUCUUGUGCUGCCAGCAUUGACCUCAACUCUCGCCGCUUAGCAUCAAACGGCAAAGAGCUGAGGUCAUGCCGGCACUCAAAGACAAACAUACUCACGACAGAAACCAGCACACCAAACCACAUGUGCCCCCCCCCCUCCCUCCCCCACUGUUGUCUGUGUGUGUGUGUGAAGGCGGCCAGGCAGCACAGCAACCAGUGUGUCACUACAGAAGCAACCAACUGCAACCAACGGCACCCACACCACACCCACCAUUGAUUGCAUUGCUCGUGACGGCCUCUCGUCACUCCCACAAAAGAUUAACGCGCAGACAACAGAGAGAGGGGGGACACAACGAAUGAAUGGGGAUAGCCGAGGACAAAAUACGAGAGAAAUACCGAUGUGCCCCUCCCUCCCUCCCUCCCCAUGUUGAUGUGAUGGCCAGAUGGGUGCGUAUUGGGUGGGUCACGUCACGAGAGCAGCUCCUGGUCGCCGUCUCCCUUUUGCUGGACGAUGAUGAUCUCCCUGAGCGAGUUGAGCGUCAGCACCGCCGUCCGCAGGGUCGUCUCGUCCACACCGAAACUGCACACGUUCUGGAUGUAGUUGGUGAUCUUCUCAACCUAAACACAACGCACACACACAUCGAUGACAGACAGCCCGGCCAACCACACACCCACGCAAUGCAACGCAGAUCACACACACUUCACAGCCCUAUCUCUCUCUCUUUUCAUCUCUCUCUCUCUCUCUCUGUGUGUGUGUGUGUGUGUGUGUGUGUUGAUACCGAUCCGAGCAUCUCGAGGUACUCGUGUUGUUCCUCGAAGAGGUAUCUCGUGUAGUAGCGCUCGCCCUCGCCCUGGAACUGAAUGGGGCCGGGGUUGCAAAAUCGAUCCUCAUUCUCCCACUACACAGCCCACACACACAUACACACAAAAGACACACACGUGUGCAUCAGCAGCACAUCAAUCAGCUCAAAGAAGCGGAAGGCCGGGGACCGGACGGCUUACGUAUUCCGUAGCGCUCCUGAGUGCUUUGAACGGGCGGCCGUUGAGCUCAACCUCAGCAGAUGGGACCAUGGGCACCUGCACACACCAUGGAUGGACAGACAGCACACAAAUCACUAACAGAUGACUGUCCGCUAAAGACUGUGUGAAUGAUGCUCAGCGGCAGUACCUGUCGUCCGUAGGCCUGUGUCUCUCUCUCUGGGAGGACUUUGAGCAUGGCCGUGACGGGCAGCGUGGCCAUGCGCCACGUCUGCGAGGGGCCGCACAGACCGCGCACCGUCGUCACAUACCCUGUCAGCGAGCUCUCGAUACAAAUGCUCGCCAGAUAGCCGUGGGACAUCCCUGAGACACACACGCCAUUCCCCAACCUCCCAGUACCCCCAUGUGUGCACCACAGGAGGGGUGGUUGGUUACCGAGUGCGCAGUCGAAGGGCGAGGGCAUUGCCGAUCGUCCCUGGUAGCCGAAGUAGUGGCAGACGGGCGAGAAGCUGCCCUUGUACUGGCCCAGGUGUUUGCGCUUCUUGAGCUCCACACUCACGAGCUGAGACAAGAGCUCCUCCGUCGCCACGGCUGACAGCUGCACACAUACAACAAACAGAGGAGAGGGAGGGCACAUUCUGUGUGUGUCGUCUAUCCAUCCAUCCAUCCAUCCAUCUGUCCGGGCGCACACACGCCAUACCUGAGUGCGUCCGCCCUCGCGUGGCUGGACGAGCUGUCGUCUGAAGAACUCGGGCAGCGACUUGAGCAGCGCGUAACUCCAGGGGGUCAGCUUGCUCGAGUACCUUCCACACAGAUAAACACGCACACACACACGCACACACGAACGAUAAACCAAUCAUCACACCACCCUCUCAGUGGCUCAGCUGGUCGCUCGCUCGCUCACUCUUGCUCGCCAGGUUGCAGUUCGACCAGCUCCGAGAUGACCUGUGCGUAUGCGGUGCGGUCGAGGCCGAUGGUGAUCUUGUUGAGCUCGGCCACCAGCUGACGGGUGGCCGGCAGGUGGGAGAUCAGCCCCUCUGGCACCAACACCGUCCCGAAGUUCUUGCCCUGCUCGGCACGCGCACAGACGAUGUCGGCUAUGUCCUGCAGCCACGCACGCACACACACGGAGAGAGAGAGUGUGGUGGGGCUGGGGUGGGGUGUGUAUGGUGGGAUGGGAGGGAUAGGUGGGGUGGCUGACCUGCACGACGUCGUCAAGCGUCUCGUCAUUGGCGGCGUACUCCUCUGAGAUGACUGUGCAGUUGGGGUGUGUCUGCAGGCCGGCCUCCAUCACCAUGUGCGACGGGUCGCGACCCAUCAGACGGACGAAAUACCAAUACCUGCACACACACACACAAAGACAGCACAACACAACACAAGACGCCAUCCAAGUAAUGUGCCCAAAGUGGUGGUGGGGGUGAGAGAUUACUUGGUGGCAGAAGCGGCGUCCGUGAGCAGGUUGCCGAUGAGUGAUGCGUAGCACUUGGAGGCGGUGUCGAAUCCGAUGCAUGCCUCCACCAUGGCGUGGCGGACGUUGUUGUUCUGCGUGGCGGGCACCCCGAUCACACACGUGUGGAUCUCCUUCUGCAGCAGGUACUCCGACACCACAGCCACGUCUGUCAGGGUGUAGGUGCCGCCACACAUGACCAAACUGACACACACACACACACACACACACAGAGAGAGAGAGAGAGAGAAGAAGAGGUAGAGAUGCGAAUGGAGUGUCGCCAUCUGUGUGUCCGUCUGCGCGUGUGCGUUGCUGAGAGGAACCCACCCCACCCGUCGAGUCUGAGGUCAGUGCAGGUCUUUUCGAUUUUCUCGAGACCCUCCUGCGUCCUCAGCUGCACCUCCUCCCUCUCGGUGCGGCCCAGCAACUCCAAACCACCCUGCACACACACACACACACACAAGGCGCAUAGUGGACCACACCACCACUUAUGACGUCCGUCCGUCGACCCAAUGCGGUCAUGCUAUGCGGCUGUUGUUGCAUUUGCUGACUGACCUGGUUGAUGUAAAGCUGGAGGUCCUCCUUGGUGAUUUCGAUGUAUCUCUGGUUCAGCAGGCCAGCCGCACCGUGGAAUCCUAUCAACUUGCCCCGAACGAUCUGCAGCCUGGAGGCAGGUAGGCAGGCAGGCAGGAAGCAAGCAACCACACCAACUUUUGAUUGUCAUGGGGAUGCAUUGCAUUCGUGUGGUAUCUUGUCUUCUUGCCUUUCGAAAAGCCCCGCGACGACGUUCUGCACGCCGGGCGACUGCCGGUCGCACAGCACCACCCCCACUCGGAGGGCGCGGGUCUCGGGCGCACGCAGGUCAACUGAAUGAACAGAGAGGGAGGGAGGGAGGGUGUGUGUGACGUGACGAGUGUCUUGGUGUCUGUAUUGUCUGUCUGUCUGUCCAACCGGCCCCCCCACCCCACUGACUGACCCACCUCACCUUGUAUGUUGUACAUCUGCAGCCGCGACUGGGCGCACUGCAGGGGGUACUGACUGCACACACACAAACGGGGGGCACACACACACAUCCACACGCGUGUGAUGUGACACACACAGACGUAGACAGACAGGGUGCAUGUGUGCAUGUGUGUGUGUGUGUGUGUGUGUGUGAGCGUCCGUGUGUCCUGCCUGUGCUGACCGUGUGACGUAUUUGUGCGCCUGCUGGUCUGCAGGGACGAUGCGGUUGGCCUGCACAGCACGAGCCUUCGGAUGCAUCAGAAUCGGCGCUACAUCAACCUAACCAACCACGCACACCACACACAUCACACACAUCCAUCCAUCCAUCCCAAUGAGAGAUGCGUGUGCACGGUAAGUGCUCAAUCCAUUCACCCAGCCACCCCCCCACCUUGGCUUUGAUUCGCGUUUUCUGCAGUGUGCUGAGGUAGGUGUCGCACUUGACGAAGCCGUAGCGUGUCUGUGGACAUCAACCAGCCACACACACAUCCACACACAUCCACACACACACACACUCAGUGCACACAAUGCGGCGAGCCUCCUCCUCUCCCCUCCCCUUUGCACGAGGCCUGCCUUGCCUUCCUGACCGACCGAGAGGUUUUGGUAGUUGAAUGGCGUUUCAGGCAGGAGGUCCUCCUUGGUGGGCGGCGUGACGGUGUAGUUGGUCAGGUUGGCACCCGGACCCUCAAACUGAACCGGACCAGGCGCGCGGUAGCAGUCGCGGUACUUCCACUCCUCACGCACCUGCAAGGCCACACACACACACACACACACACACAUCCAUCUGUGUAGGGUGUCUGUGUCAACAGGGGGUGGUGGCUGACCUCAGCGAACAUUUUGAACAGAGGUUUGUCGAGCUCGACGAGGUACUUUUUGAUGACGGGGACCUGCUUGCCCUUGCGCAGCUCCAUGUUCAUCAUGAUGGUCAGCGGACAACCCGCUGCCUCCCAAUCGGGAGACGGACGAUCCAACUUGCGCACCUGCAGUGCACACACCACACAUCAGUCACACCGACCGUCUUGUCAAGUCCAUCCCCUCUUGUGAGUCUGAGGGAUACUGACCACGGCCAUGUAUCCCGUUUUGCCGUUGUCGACGAGUGCAGCGGCGCAGUGUCCGAGUGCGUAGCAGUAGUUGGCGUCAAAGUUGGACGGCAUCGCACAGCGACCCUCGUACCUUGCCACACACAGACGACACGACACACGUGGGGGCUCUUGUAAGUAUCUCUGUCUGGUCUGGUGUGCGAGGGGGGUCCCUCCCGGCCCAUUUACCCGAAGUAGUGUGAGAUGGGCAGGAAGUAUUUGCCCUUGCCGAGCUUCUCGAGCUCCUCGGCCACCAUCAUGAUCAACAGACGCUCUGUCGCUAUCUUGGCCACCUGUAUAGCGGAAACAUUCCAAUCGCGUGUGCGUCAUACGUGUGUGUGUCUGUGAGGUGAGGGCGUAAGUAUAGGCCCACACCUGUACGUUGCCAUGUGGGUCUCUGUCGAGCAGCAGUUCGUUUCUGAUGGUCUGUGGCGCGCUGAGAAAGACCUUCAUGCUCUGCGGCGACAGCUUGCCGCUGUCGAAGUCUCCCUGCGUCAGGAUGUUGUUGAUCUCGGAUAUCAGCGUACCAACCUUCACACGCACCCGCACCACGCACCACAAUGAGGUCCUCUGUGUGUGCUGACUGGGUGGGAUGGGGUGGGGGUGUACCUCCGGGAUGAACUCGAUGAGCCCUUCGGGCAGCAGCACGACGCCGUAGCCCUUGCCCUGGUCCUCACGCCGGACAAUCAUCGUCACAAUGUCACUCACGAUGUCCUCCAAGGACAUGUCCUUCUCCUAAUACACACACACACAUCGCACACACACACACACCAGACACAACACAUGACGCCUCCCCCCUCAUUUGUCCCAUCUCUCUGUCUCCUCUGACUGACCUCGACUUCUUCGCCAAUGAAGACGAGGUUGGCGCGCGUCUGCAUGGCGCACUCGAGUGCGAUGUGGGAAGCGGACCGGCCCAUGAGUCGGACGAAGUGGUAGUGCUGCUUGGAGGUGGCCACGUCGGUGCAGAGAUUGCCGAUGAACUCAGAGUAGGUCUUGACGGCCGUGUCAAAGCCGAACGACGCCUCCACGUACUGAUUGCGGAGGUCGCCGUCGAUCGUCUUGGGCACACCGAUCACCUUGGUCUCGCAAUCCUGAGCCCUGGACACACAGGGGUGCACACGACACACACACAGGCAACGAACGAAAGGGGGCGGGGAGGUCAUGUGUGCGUGUGUGUGUGUGUAUGUGUGUUGGGCUGUCUCACUUGAAGAAUUCGGCGAGGACUGCGGCGUUUGUGUUGGAGUCGUCGCCGCCGAUGACCACGAGGCCGUGCAGAUCCAACUUCUUGCAGAUCUGCACACACAGGCAGAGCACACCCCACCCCACACAGACAGACAGACACGUACAGCCCUCCCUCGCCCAGGACAUCGAUGAGCCGCAUGAGCAUGCAUCGGCAUCCAUACGCACCCACCCACCCACCUACCUACCUGCAGCGAGCUUUGCUUCUGUUCGGCGGUUUCGAUUUUGUGUCGACCGGAGCAGAUCAUGUCGAAGCCUCCCUGGUUGCGGAACUUGUCCAUCAGCGCGUCAUUGAUCUCGAUGUACUUGUGCGAGAACACACCAUGCGGACCUGUCAGUCAACGCACACACACACGCCCAGCCCACAACACACAUGCAUGCAUUGCAUCGGUUUGCUGUCGGUGCUGUGUGGUGCUGUCUGUGUAUGUGUCGUUGUGCCUGCCGUAGUGGCUGGCUGGCUGACUGACCUCCGAGGAAGCCGAAGACCUGGCUGUUGGGGUUGCAUUGCUUGGCGUAGUCGUAUAUGCCCGAGAUGACGUUGUGUCCGCCGGGUGCCUGUCCGCCCGACAGCACGAGGCCCAGACGGAUGGGCUGGUGCUCCUGCCACGCACGCUCGUCCUCGCACGCACGAAGCUUCACGAACUUCUGACCCCAACUGAAUUGAAUGCACCGCACACAAACACAUGGACGUGUCGAUCCGAUCCACACACACCACAUCAUACGUGUGUUUGUGUGUGGUUUGGGUGCUGUGGGCGCUGGGUUGCUCGACGUCCGUCCUCACGUUUUGGGGAAGAGUUUUGCGAGUUGUUCUGCGUCGCCUUCGGAUGCCAGUGCCGCCUUGGUGUUGUCCUCGAAUGAGCACACGGGGCUGCGCAGGACGGUCGGCAGCACCGGCUGCCACUUCUGACGCGCCUUCUGCAUCGGACUGAACUGAUCCUUCAACAUCGGCGAGUGCCUGAAUGAAUGAAUCAGUCAGUCAGUCAGUCAGCCAACAAACAUGACAGACACGCACAUCACAGCCCGACACGACACAACCGAUGAAUCAAAUCAAUCGGAUGACCCACGCGGCCUGGCCGCGCGCUGCUCGUAGCGUACCCAUGUGCAGCUCCUUUGCGUCGGCGAAUGCCCAGGCGCGUCGGCGUAUCGGAUCUGACAGCCCACAUGCAACCACACACACAUCCGUCUCGCCGCAUGUGCUGUGCAGAUCUCCCCUCCCUCUGUCAUUGACACCUAGCUAUGCCCUCACCGGUGGAACUCCAUGGUCUCGUCAGUGGUGCUGCGCUCUCGCGCCACUGUCAUGUCGGUGCCAUGCAUCUUGGUCACCUGCACACAGCACAUCACACAGAUCCACACACACACACGCACAGAGGUGCGGCAGACGAGGGCGUGCUCACUUGCGGCAUGGAACCCCCGACUGACACAGCCGAGAAGAAACGACUAGGACGAUCGGUCUCUGCCAGCGUGAAAGAUGGAUCUGCUCUGCUUCUCUCCUUCACUCACACCUCUACCCACCCUGC